AAUUUAAUAAAAAUGUAAAAAACUCGUUGACUGUAUACUCGCAUAAAUGAGGACCUCCGCAUGUUGGGCUGAUUUGUCGCAGUGUUGUAUUUUAAGUGUUCUGGCAACACAAUCAAUUUCUAUACGUGCCGGAACGAGUUAACCUGUAUGGAAAUAUGUUCUCGCCAAGAGACUCGGGUAAAUCAGAUUAUAUUAGUUUGAAUAUACACGAAAGCGGGUCAUUUGCACGGGGCACUUCUCGCAGUUUAUGGAGGCAAUGGAACCAAUUGUCCAGGUUCCAAAGAAAUAUUCUGUACUUUGCAAUAAUCACAGUUCUACUUGUAAUAUUUUAUCUCCUACCUAGCGAAACCAAAGCUGGUCCCUCUAACAAUGAGGUAGAUUAUAGUAAUGUAGAAGUUGUACAAGAAACUGCCAAAUACGAGAAGGCAGUAGAUGAAGUUGUUGUAGAUAAUGAAGAACAGGCUGCUGGACCUGGUGAAGUAAUUGAAGAGCCUGAAUUUCAACCAGAAAUUAAUCAAGUUGAUGAUGAUCAAAUUGGUGAACCACCACAGCCAAGGCCAAACAUUCUAAAAUUUAGCGGUCCACAAAAUAGUAGGCAAGAUGCUGUCGUAGCUGCAUUUAAGCAUUCUUGGAAUGGAUAUAAAAAAUAUGCAUGGGGUCACGAUAAUGUCAAACCGAUAUCAAAAAGAUAUCACGAAUGGUUUGGAUUAGGCCUUACUAUAGUUGAUUCAUUGGAUACUAUAUAUAUAAUGGGAUUAUAUGAUGAAUAUUCAAGAGCAAGAAAAUGGGUGGAAGAAAAUUUAGUGUUUACAAUGAAUAGAGAUGUUAAUUUAUUUGAAGUUACUAUUAGGGUAUUAGGUGGUUUAUUAUCAGCAUAUCAUCUUUCUGGUGAUAUACUCUUUUUAAAUAAGGCCAUGGAUUUAGGUGAUCGCAUGAUGCCAGCAUUUUCUACCAGAUCAGGUGUUCCAUAUUCUGAUGUGAAUCUUGGUACUAGAAGUGCGCAUAGUCCUAAAUGGGGUCCUGACAGUAGCACGAGUGAAGUUACUUCCAUUCAAUUAGAGUUUCGCGAUCUUAGUCGUAGUACAGGUCAACUUAAGUUUGAGACUGCAGCGGCAAGAGUUUCCGAACAUGUACAUAAAUUAGAAAAGUAUGAUGGUUUAGUUCCAAUUUUUAUUAACGCUAAUACGGGACAAUUUCGGGAAUACGCUACGAUUACGUUAGGUGCUCGCGGUGAUAGUUACUAUGAAUACUUAUUAAAACAGUGGUUACAAACUGGAAAAACCAUAGACUACCUUCGCGACGAUUACUUGUACGGCAUUGUCGGAACACAAAAGCAUCUCAUUAAACGUACUGCGAUCAAUAAGUAUCUAUUCGUCGCUGAAUUGGUCGGCGCAAAUAAAGAAAUUAAACCGAAAAUGGAUCAUCUCACAUGCUACUUAGGAGGUACUUUAGCGUUAGGUGUGCAUCAUGGACUACCGUCGGAGCAUAACGUCCUUGCAGAAGAACUUGUUAAAACUUGUUAUCAAACGUAUGCAAUCCAGCCAACGUUCCUCGCACCUGAGAUUACUUAUUUUAAUAUACAAAAAAUAGAGGGUGAAAAUCAUAUGGAUAUGUACGUAAAAACGAAUGACGCUCAUAAUUUAUUAAGGCCCGAAUUUGUCGAGAGUCUAUUUUACAUGUGGUAUUUUACGGGGAAUAAAACUUAUCAAGAUUGGGGUUGGCAGAUAUUUCAGGCUUUCGAGAAUUAUACCAAAGUUGAAGGUGGCUACACGAGUAUCGGUAACGUCCGGAACAUUCAACACAUUCGUCAGCAGGAUAUGACGGAAAGUUUCUGGUUCGCCGAAACUUUAAAAUAUUUGUAUUUGUUAUUUGAUGAUACUAGGCAAUUGAUAGAUUUGGAUAGGUGGGUAUUCAAUUCUGAGGGUCAUCCAUUACCUAUAUACGAAUCGUAAUGCAAGCAAUAGAAGCAAACUACGCGAGUUCUCAAUUUUUCGAACUUGUUUUAUAAAAUUAUUUUUUUAAUGUCUCCAUUUAUCUGACAUCAUGUUGACAUUUUUUUAAUAAAAUUCUUGAACAUUUGCAUUUUCUUCAUUAAC